AUGACAUCCACAACCUACUUGCCGCCCAACGCAGCCACUGCGGGCUCUUCUUCGGGCAACGCAGCGACGAACGGCGCAGGUGGAGGAUCAGCACUGUCGCUCUCCACACCUCUGGCCUCCACCGGCUCAUCCAAAUCCUCUCGCGUCUGUUACUUUUACGAUGGCGACAUUGCAUCCUACCACUACGGACCCGGACAUCCCAUGAAGCCCACGCGCAUUCGCAUGUGUCACAGUCUAGUGAUGCAGUACGGUCUGUACAAAAAGAUGGAGAUAUUCCGAGCCAAACCGGCGACGAAGCGAGAAAUGUCUCAAUUUCAUACGGACGAGUAUGUGGAUUUCCUCUCCAAAGUCACGCCGGAUAAUGUGGAUCAUUUCGUUAGGGAACAGAGCAGGUUCAAUGUGGGCGAUGACUGUCCCGUAUUCGAUGGACUGUUCGAGUACUGCUCCAUAAGCGCUGGCGGCAGCAUGGAAGGCGCCGCUAGGCUCAGCAGGGACAAGUGCGACAUUGCCAUCAACUGGGCUGGCGGUCUGCAUCACGCCAAAAAGGGUGAAGCGAGCGGCUUCUGCUACAUCAACGGUGAGUCAGAAUUGGCAGCAGCAUAGAUAGCCUCGUCACACGCAUGCAUGCACAUCCUGCUUCGUGCUGUGCUCCUCGCCAAGCCCUCUUGCUGAUUCGCCUUGCGCAACACGGCCAUCAUGACAGACAUUGUGUUGGGCAUUUUGGAAUUGCUGAGAUAUCAUCCCCGAGUACUGUACAUCGACAUUGAUGUGCACCAUGGCGAUGGAGUCGAAGAGGCUUUCUACACUACCGACAGGGUCAUGACUUGCUCCUUUCACAAGUACGGAGAAUUCUUUCCCGGCACCGGAGAGUUGAGGGUGAGUAGAUGGCGAGAAGAUAUAUCUGCGUCAAGACUUGCAUCGGCAUGGGGACAUGCGUGCAUGCGCACACAUACAGCGAGGAUCCCGCGAGACGGUGUUGUCCUUACAGAGGGGAGAAAAAGUUCACCAAAAGCGCAUUUGACAGAAGAGCAGCGUGUUCGCCUGUGCGGUAUCAGAUCGCCAAAUGGAGGAGGUCACACUGCUCAUGCAUCGCAUCAUCUCUCCUCCUUCUCGCACCCAGGACAUUGGCUAUGGUCGAGGCAAGAAUCACAGCGUGAACUUUCCGCUGCGCGAUGGCAUUACGGACGAGUCGUACAAGUCGGUGUUUGAACCCGUCAUCACUCAGAUCAUGGAGCAUUACAGACCUAGCGCGGUGGUGCUGCAGUGCGGCAGCGAUAGUCUUGCGGGCGACAAGUUGGGCAGCUUCAAUCUGAGCAUGAGAGGUGAGUUGUUGCACGACGCGGCCUACUUGGUGGCAACACUGCAGGCUACUCCGGACCGGCAAUCUUGCGAUUAUUGCCAGCGAGGGAGGCAGCUCUGCGUCACCCACAUUGACAUCAUCACGAUGUUUUUUAUUAUCGUUCCUUUUCGUCUAUGAUCUGGCCGUACAGGACAUGCGAAUUGUGUAUCUUUUGUCAAAUCCUUCAACUUGCCCCUGUUGCUGUUGGGAGGUGGCGGAUACACCAUCCGAAACGUGUCGCGAGCUUGGGCAUACGAGACGGGUCUAGCAGCGGGUCUAGAGCUGGGUCAUCGUGAGUCACAACAAACCGGGCCGCGAGAGUUGCGCUUUCCCGAAGCUGAAGCCUUCCCGUUCCGGCGAUUUGUGCUUGACGUGUGGCGCCCCGAGCAGAGGUGCCUGUGAACGAGUACUAUGAGUACUUUGGACCGGAUUACGUGCUGGAUGUUCGAAGGAACAACAUGGAAGAUCAGAAUACGCCUGCCUACCUUCAAAAGAUCAAAGCGCAAGUGUUUGAGAAUCUGCGCCAGACGUCGCAUGCGCCUUCUGUGCAGAGCUUUGAGAUACCCAGAUUAGCGCACGAUGAGGAGAUGGAGGAUGCAAGCAAGACGAGGGAGGAAGAGGAGGAUCUGAAUGCGGAUAUGAGAGCUAUUAGGCAAGAGGGAUGGAAAGAUGGGCAUGUGCAGAGAGAAGACGAGGGCAGCGAUAGCGAGGAUGAGGGAAUGGAUUCGAGGAGGAAUGAGAAGAAUCACAAGGAUGUCGAUCAAGAGGCAGAGGAGGGGGAGAAUUCGACGCGCAGAGCGAGGAGGAGGACGCCCGGCAUCAUGGAUCCGCUUUUGAAAAGGACGGCUUUGGGAGAAGAGAGAGUGAGCAUCUCUCCAAGUCCUCGGCCCACGUAUGGAGUUACGCAACAGUCCGAGGAGAACACUGGCGCCGCUGCCCUCAGUGCAGCGCCGAGCGCGAGCGGUCCCUCGACGGGCCAAACGUCGAAUGGGGAGAAGAGAAAUGGAGAAUCUGUACAGGUUGCACCACCCACCGGCAGUGGCCAUGGGGAUGUGGAGAUGAAAGAAGCGUAG